CCGCCACCCCGGAGCCUUCCUUGCUGUCUAGCCAUGGUCAACCCCACCGUCUUCUUCGACAUCGCUGUCGACGGCGAGCCCUUGGGCCGCGUCUCUUUUGAGGUAAGGGACCUGGAAACCAAGAAGUGACUGCUCAUCCAAUCCGUAAAGCUAUGUUAACAGAUUGGAGCUGUUUGCAGACAAAGUUCCAAAGACAGCAGAAAACUUUCGUGCUUUGAGCACUGGGGAGAAAGGAUUUGGUUAUAAAGGUUCCUGCUUUCACAGAAUAAUUCCGGGAUUUAUGUGCCAGGGUGGUGACUUCACACGCCAUAAUGGUACUGGUGGCAAGUCCAUCUAUGGCGAGAAAUUUGACGAUGAGAAUUUCAUCCUGAAGCAUACAGGUCCUGGCAUCUUGUCCAUGGCAAAUGCUGGCCCCAACACAAACGGUUCCCAGUUUUUCAUCUGCACUGCCAAGACUGAGUGGUUGGAUGGCAAGCAUGUGGUCUUUGGCAAGGUGAAAGAGGGCAUGAAUAUUGUGGAAGCCAUGGAGCGCUUUGGGUCCAGGAAUGGCAAGACCAGCAAGAAGAUCACCAUUGCUGACUGUGGACAAAUCUAAUAAAUUUGACUUGUGUUUUACUUAACCACCAGACCAUUCCUUCUGUAGCCCAGGAGAGCACCCCUUCACCCCCAUCUGCUCGAAAUAUCCCAUAAUCUUUGUGCUCUCGCUACAGUUCUUUGGGUUCCAUAUUUUCCUUAUCCCCCUCCAAGUUUAGCUGGAUUGCAAAGUUAAAUUUAUGAUUAUGAAAUAAAAACUAAACAAUUAUCUGUC